AAACACACUAUCCCGUAAACAGUCAAGAUUAAGUUUAAAUUACCCGAUCAAGCUACAUCAGCAGUAAUUUUUACGAUUUAUUUAUCCCUGCAACGUUUUCAACUAGUUUAAAACCACCCCAACAAGGAAAGUUAUUCCGAAUCUAUUCAAACUUUUUUUUUUUGACAACCAAAAUUUUACAACACUUUAUUACCACUUGCUAUUUACUUAAGUAUACUCACUUGGUUAAAACGCGAUAGUUGUAUUUAUUGCGUAUAAACAAGAUGGGGGAAUCUAUUCCAAGUUUUGAGCCAUCAAAUAUUUUACAUCCCAGUGGAGAAUCAUCUGGGGAAGAAGCCUUGCCAGUCACGUCUGCCAUGGAUGUUGAUGGACAACUGGCCACUCAUCUGCAACUAAUCUCAACUACUACGGGUGGUGCCGCUACAGAAAAACCAAAAAGGCAACGGAGAAGUUAUAGCUGUGGUCCAUGUAAACUUCUCAAGAUAAAAUGUGAUUUGCAAAUUCCUUGUUCAUCAUGUAGGAAAUUCAAACGCAUAAACCGAUGUUUAUUACAGCCACCACAACCACCAUCCCAGGAAGAAUUAGAUAAGAUCAAAGAACGAAAAAAGAGAAGUAAUAUCAAAAAAUUACGAUUGUCAAAUGAUUUUGUUCAGGCGUAUAAUACCGCUGGUUCAAUGCCUUCGAUGAUAACGUCCAUUCUGUCAGCUGCUAUCCAGUUGGAAGCAGCUUCAGAAAAGACAACCAUAUCACCAGGGAAAAGACAUGCUAAUGUACAAAUCCACAAGACAAUUCCUAAUAUCAUUAGACAAUUUAAUCGGUCAGAGCACAAUGACCAAAAGAAUCAUCAUCAUCAUAAUCAAUUACAGCCUCAGCCCAAAGAAACAUCAGAACCUGCCAUUUCCUUUAUUACUUCUCAAUACGGUAAUAAGAAUGUAGAUAUCAGUAAGGAAGUAAAUAAUGGAUUAGCCAGCACAACCAGUACCCAUAUUGAUUUGAUUAAUUAUUUAUUACAAGAAGAUCACAACCGAUUGCUUGAAUUGACAAUUGUUGAAAUUAAAAGAAUUAAACGAUUAUUGCCGAAUAAAUUUGCCAUAUUUGAGAAAUUAUUUGAUUUAUAUAUGAACUCAAUUACGGAGAUCUUAACUGAUCUUCAAGAUCAUAAUGAAAUGAAACGCCAAGCAAGAUUAGUUUAUGAACGAUUGCUUCAGGUUGACGACGAAGAUCCAAAAAAUUUAAGUAAAAGCAUUCAAUUUAGCGUUAUUGAAAUACGAAAUUUGUCAUUAAUGUUUUUAAUUAUGGCCAAUGGAUUAUUAUUUGAAAAUACCGGGCUACUGCAUUUCUUACUAGAAAGAACAGCGAUUUUCCAUCCAAGACAAGAUAUAAUAAAUGAUUGGAUCAAGACUUCCAAAUCACUUAAAAUGAAGGUCUUGUCAUAUGAAACAUUCACUGAUUUGAUUUAUUUGCUUGAUUGGUAUUUCAUUCUUAAAAACUAUUAUGCUUACAACAAUAUGAUUAUUGAGAAUUAUCUUGAAUUCAAUAAUCUUUUGAAUUAUAUCGUUUUAAAUAACGAUUUUAUCGAUAUAAUUGAAGAUCCAUCAAAGGAGCCUACUCCAGACCCCGAAGGAAUAAGCGAUCCUCAAGAUUUGGCAGAAAAUUCUGAUCAAACCAGGUACCCAAAGACAAGAGAAUUUAAUCUAUUAGCGAAAUAUUGGAUACAGAUUCGAUGGAUUGAAAUUGAAUUUACAUUUUUCCAAUUUAAAGGAUCUUUAUUGGUUUCCAACCAAUUGAAAAACACCCUUGUACCGCAUAGACGACUUGUGGCGGCAUUGUAUGGCAAUGAUAUUAAAGAACCAUUGCAUAAAUAUAUUUUAGAUAUUUGGGCAUUAUGUUAUAAACGAUCAAAAUCGUCUAGAACAGUGCGUGAUAUAAUUAAAGGAUACUUGGAAUUGUAUAGUAGUUUCAUGGGGUCACUACGUCCUGAAUUGAUUGAAUUUUCCAAUGGGUUUGAUAUGGAUAAUCCGGUAAUUUCUAAUAAAGAAAUUGAAUUAUUAAUCAAGAAUCAAAUUGUUCUUGUAUUACUUAUCAGAUGGUUAUCAUUUAUCAGGGUAGAAUUGAACUAUUUUCCUAGUUUAAGAUAUACCUCAUAUUUAACAACUAUGAUGAACAUGUUUAAUCAUUUUAAUUUAUUAGACGAUGCAUGGAGGCGAAAACAUGACAGCGAAGGAAUAAUUAGAUUUAUUCUCGAUAAUUAUUCGGUUCACUAUUUAAAGACAUUCUUCCAAGCAUUGGUUUAUCAGGCGGUAUUUUUAAUUAUACUACAAGAUUUUAUCAAGGAUAAAUCACAAAGGAAAUUCAAGAUUCAAGUUGAUCAAAUUUACAAUGUAAUUUUCAAUCAAUUUCAAAUUACGUUGAACAAAUUUUUGAAUAGUCCCACGAUUCAACUGAGGUUUCAACAGGUUGAAUUUUUCAAAGUAAGCACCAACUUAUUGGUGGAUUUCAAUCAAUAUUUACUUCAUCAACAACAGCUUAUACUUCAGAAUAAGGAAUCAAAGAGUAUAGAUGAUAUUACUGAAUUACUUUACGAUUUAAAGUCCAAAGUAUCAGCACCCAAUUGGGAAAUUUUGAUCAAUUUUUAUUUUGGUUCCCGAGAUUUCUUUAUCCAGUAUAUUGAAAAAGUAUGGGAUUUAUUUGAGUUUUUGAAAAUUGAUACUGCGCAAGAAGAACAAGAGACGAUCCCGAUAACUUCCCUGAUAAAACUCGAUGAUAAGUUGAUUAAUGAAUAUAUGGGGAAAUUAACUGGAUUUGAAUAUGAUGAUACUAUAGUGGCUGAGUAUAUAAAAGUUUGCGUUGAUCCCCACAUGGAUUAAAGGGAGGGGGCGUGGGAGUUUAAAUAGAGGUUUAAUAAUAUCAAUCACCCAUUCCCUUCCUCUCUCUUCCCCCCUCAUUUGGUUAAGGGUGAGUUUUAAAAAUGAAACGCGACCUUUUCUUGGCGCAAGCCCCUUAAACCUAUAUAGAUCUUUAUUGCACCACUAUAAUAAAAACAAACUCUCGGAUUACUGGGAUGGAUAUUAUCUCGCGUAAACCUAACUAAACUGGGAUAGAGCAUAUACCUUAAGAAGUAACAAAGAUGAAGGAUUAAAAUUUCCUAUUUUGGCCAAAUGUCAGAUUAUAUGAAGGUAGAAUAUCAAAGCAAAUAUAUGCAGGCGUUUUCAAUACCUCAGAUAUAAUUUAAUACUUUCUACAGGUCAUUAGGUAGGCAGUAGAGGCAGUGGAGGCAGUGGAGGCAGUAGCAGUACUGGUGGUAGUAGCAGCACUGCCCCCCCCCCUCCUCCCCUCCUCUAAACUUGAUUGCCAUCGCGUCCAGCAGAAAAAAUAAACAGACUCACUAUGAGCGUCUGAAGGCUGAGUUGGUAACGACAAGAAAAAGAAACCCUGUUCAGCACGACGGGCUAUUUUUUUUUUUGGAGUAGUCACAAAGCUGUAGUUAACUUGAAUUGAUCUGAUCUAGUUCCUUCCCUGUAAACACAUCUCCUAGAGCU